ACUAGAUGGCAGCACCACGCACUUGCUCAUUGGUACGAUGUGAUUGGCUCGCCUUUGAACGGAAGCCCGCCAAGUUGGAUUACAGAAGAAGAUAGAAGAUCAACAAGGGAAACAUAAAUAUAUUCAGUAUGGCACCUAAACGCGGCCAAAGAAGAGUUCGAUCCGGUGACACAGUAAUGUUAUCAGAAAGUUCUAGUGGAAGUGAUUCCGAGAAAAAACAGAAGUGUACAGCGAACAACAGCAGCAGGAGGAGGAGAUCAGGACGACUGAAGAAAAAAGACUCUGAUUCUUGCACUUCGAUUGAUUCCGCCUAUGACGGCGAUGGGGAGACGACAAACAGCACCCUGGAGUCCAAUUCGUCCAGCGGCUCCGACCAGACUAUGUCCUCCCCCAGCAGUGACAUGUACGACUUUGACGAAGACGACAACCCACCAAGCCGAGGCAUCCUCUCACCCAAACAACCAAAGGUCAAGAAAAAAACAUCUAAACGAAAACAAACCUCCAACAAAAAGUCGAGCUCCACUAAACCCAGUAAACCGAGGAAGCAAUCCCCUAAAAUGGAAACUGUUUCAGUGACUCCUGUCGUAAGUAAAGGAACGUCAGAUGUCGAGAAUAAGCCAGUCAGGCGCCCCAAGGGCAUGAAGACGCCAGGAGUGUCGCCCAUACUAUCGGCAAGUCGCCUUGAUUCUAGUGUGAACAGUUCGGUAGAAAACAAAGGCAAAAGGAAGAUACCAGGUUCAACGCCAAAUGUCACGCCACAGAUAGGCUCAAAGAGCAAGAAUCCCAGAAUUGAUUCUAUAAAGAAUGACAGUGGUUGUUUUAUUUCCCCACCACCCUUGAAAGUCCCCCGACUCCUAGCCAAAGACACUUCAACACCCAGUAACACGAAGGACGAUAUUCGGGUUGGUGUCAAGGAUAAGUGUUUUGGUUUUGACUCCCUCGGUUCACCGGCGCAUGGGAUCUCGACGUCAGACUAUGGGUCGGCGGUGAUGGAUUUGUCCCAGAUCUCUAUGGACGACACGGCUCCUAGUGUGGAGAAAGACUUUGAGGUGACAAUGUUCUCGGAGCCGGAGAUGGAGCCAGAGCCAGAAAUGUCACUGAAUAAGAGCUUAUCAAUUGCCUAUAAACCCUCAAAGCAAAAGAGACCGAAGGGACGCUACUCUAUCAGCAAGGUUGAUGCUUGGGCAGAGAAGAUGAACCAGGAGUUUGAUGACGCAGAACAUUUUGAACUUAGCAUAGAGGGAUAAAACCUCUAGAGCACAGUGACAUUUGGGCACUGCUCUGUGUUAGGCAAGACUUCUUUUUUUUUUAUUCUGUUUGCCCUUAGAAAAUAAAGCGGAAAGGAAGAAGCUGUGCAUUUUCAUAUUGCAGUUACCUGGUUUUCUUCGAAAUAUUUAGACUACGAACAUCAAACUGCAGGAUAAUAUGUUUAACAGCAAGACAAGAUUUACUAACACUGCCCACAAUCUAUUCAGAUAACAAUACCUGUACAAGAAAAAUAAAAAUUAAAUGUCUUUUCUUUUUUUCCUCUGCCCCAUCUUCUGACCAGGGCCCAUUUGCACAAAGCGUUCUUAGCGCUAAGAUGAUCGUAACUCCCAUUCUUCAGCAUAGGCUUACAAUAGUCUUAGCGCUAAGAUAGCUUGUGCAAGUGGGCCCAGGAUUUUAACAUAAAAUAUCCACACAAAAAGAAACAAGGAGUCUGUCCUUGCCAUGUGGAUCCUGGAUACCAUGUGCAGUUUUCAAAACUAACUGGUGGGUGGAGUCUUUGAUGUUUAAUGCCAAUGUAUUUGAAUCCAGGGGCCCCAACACUGCACUGAUGUGUAUACUGUGUUGAGAAGAGCAGCAGCUUUCUAAGUCCUGUGUAACCCUAGCAACGUUUUCUGUGCCACUGUGAAGCCAUUUGUUCAUGUUAGAUUUAGAAUGCGACAAUAAAUUUGUUGGAGUAUGGAAGAAUGAUGUAAAAUAGUAUUUAUUCCAUCUGAUGAAUGUGUGCAUCAUUUUCAUGAUAACAUGUUGUCAAUCUUAUUAAAAUCAGAUCUUAGUUCUCGCUAUCGCUAAGCAAAGAUCUGAGGACGUUCCAUUACGGGUCACGUCAGAAUGACCUUUCAUCUGACCAAUCAAAG